UAAACACACCAAAUCUUCUCUCAUGGUCUUAAUACCUCACGAUAUGCUCUCUGGGGGCCGUUGACAUGUCUCAUACCUGACUAAAAUAUGAACCAUAUAGGGAUUAUUGUAAAUAUAGUUCAGUCUUGUGUCUGGAUGCUUUUAUUUUAUUGUGCAACAGUAUGUUUAUGACAUUAAAAUUGUUCCAUGAAUUCUCCAAACAGACCUUUCUGCCAUUAUCUGCCCUAAUUCACUAAGCCAUUAUUCAAUAGUAAUCUUGUUGUCCACAUGAGUUCAUUCACACACCCUGAAAAAGAGAAGCUGCCAUUUGAAAAUGGUGAUUGAUACUGGUACACCAUGUUCUUACAACAAACAGAAUUCAAGAGCAGUUUAAUUUAUAACUUGCCCUCUUGGCUAUUAAGUGUCUUUGGAGUUACUUAGUGUUUAUUCAGUUUGACUUGGCUGUUUGAAGCAGCGUGCUUCAGAACCCAGGGGACUCAUGGACCAAGGUUUCUGGACUAACAUGGUUGUGCAAAGGCCUGUAAUGGAGACCAACAGAGCUAGAAAUCCAACAGCAGCCCUCGGUGGGCCACCUGAUGACCCGGCUCGGGUGAUCACACCUGCUCUUCGCCCUCAUCAGUCACACAGUUUGUUGGAUGGUGAGAAGACUGCAGCCGUCCUGCUGUUCUCAGGGGUGUUCCUAGCCCUUGUGGGUGUCACUUUCACUGCCAUGGGCUGGUAUCAGUAUACAUCCAAUCCUAACUUUGAGUGGACCCAAUUGCUGGGCCCCAUCUUGAUCUCCGUCGGAGGCACUUUUGCUCUUACCAGCGUCUGCAAGUUUGGGAUCAUCUCAUGCUGGCCCUGCAUACAGUGGGAUGAAGAAGUGCUUGUAAUGCCUGUGAUGGAGCAAAACUCAGCAGGACAUUCUUGUAUGAUAAGUGGCAGAAAUCAACCAAUCAUGUUACACAAUGCAGCGACAAUGCUAUGCAUUCCACCUCAGUAUAGCUUUACAGCCCAGGAAGUACACCAGGCCGUUGGGUUACAGCCUGGCAGGUCUGUGAAUGGUAUCCUUGCAGCCUGUUCUCCACAUGACGCUGUACGCUGCGUGGAUAAUGCAGCAUUCACAGCAGAAGAAGGCGGCUCAGCUCACAACACAGAAACAGCAGACGAUCGCAGACGAGGACCGAGAGGACAGAGGAUGAAAGAGGAUGUGUUGACGAGAGCGGCGCUGCCUGUUCACCUCCACCUGCAUACGAGGACAUCUACCCUUCCUUCAGCAAACACGAUCUGACAUAAGCACCUCCUGAAUCUUGUUAGGAAUUUCAUGUCUUUCUCAGCUUCCUCUUUCUUUUUAAUACGUCAAAGUGAUUUGAUAAAAUGUCCUGCAGAACAAAACGUCCCCUGUAUUUCACUCCACAGCAACACAAGAGGAACUUAGCCUGGGUCUCACUUUCCUCUCACAGCUGUUAUCAUGUACAGUUACCAUCAUAAUUAUGUAUGAAGUCAUAAAAUCCACUAAGAUGAGGCUCCCUGGAAGAAAAACCUCAUUAAAAUGGAGAUUUAUGGACAGACUCAGCUCUAUCAGAGGGGCUCUAAGGUUCUGG